UUCAAACUUUUGUAAUUAAGGAAAAAAAAAGAAAAAAGAAAGAGCCAUAAUAUGUAUGAAUUAUUCCCAAACCCACAAAGGUACACUUCAGGAUCCUCUGAUUACUCUCGAGAAACCAAAGCUUUCUAGGGCAAAACUAGGGUUUUUCAAUUUGUAUCAGUGUGAUAGGAGGGAGGUUACGUAUGGCAUCAUCAGAUGACGAGGCUGAAGCACUGCCACAAUUUGUUUCAAAUUACCAUUUUGUAGAUGAUAAGGAUGAACCUGUUUCAUUUUCUCUCUUACCAAUCCAAUGGGAUAUGGACAGUAGACCCGAUAGCAAGAAGAUACAGUUUUUCCUGCAUGGGAUUGCUGAUGAUGGCCUUCAGAAAAUAUAUAAGCAUGUCAUAGCGUGGAGGUUUGACAUUUCCAAUGUAAAACCCGAGAUAGCAGUGCUCUCCAAGGAAAACAAUUGGAUCAAGCUUCUGAAGCCCAGAAAGAGCUUUGAAGAUACAAUAAGAUCAAUCUUAGUAACAGUCAACUGCCUUCAUUUCGCGAAGAGAAAUCCAGAAACAUCUAGCAAAUCUUUGUGGGAUCACCUUUCUAAAACUUUCAGUUCAUACGAGAGUAGACCUUCUCAGAAUGAUCUGAUAGAUCACAUGGAUUUAAUUACUGAGGCAGUUGGAAGGGAUAAUGCCUUAGCAAACUCCAAGUUUUUACAUGCAUUUCUCAAGGAGAAGCCAAGGAAGAAUAAAGUACCCGAGGAGGGCAUUAAAGCUGUACCAAAGUCAUUCAUUGUUGAUGAUAAUGACAUAGAUAACUAUAGUUCUGAUGGUAUUGAAGAAGACGAUUCUGAUGAUGACGAUGACCUGUUUGAUUCUGUCUGUGCAAUAUGUGACAAUGGUGGUGAUAUAUUGUGUUGUGAAGGGAAGUGCAUGAGGUCCUUUCAUGCAACUGAAGAGGCUGGUGUUGAAUCUCUGUGUGAUUCUCUUGGCUUCUUGUCCAAAGAGGAAGCAGAAGCAAUACCAGUUUUCUUAUGUAAGAACUGCGAACAUGAUCAGCAUCAGUGCUUUGUAUGUGGGAAGUUAGGCUCCUCUAACAAUUCUUCAAGUGCUGAGGUCUUCCGUUGUGCUUCUGCUACUUGUGGCCAUUUUUACCAUCCACAUUGUGUUGCAAAAUUGCUCCAUCUGGAUGACGAAGUUUCUUCUGAAGAACUUGAGAAAAAGAUUGCCAGGGGAGAAUCAUUUUUAUGUCCAGCUCAUAAGUGCUCUGUUUGUAAAGGAGGAGAGAAGAAAAAAGUUCCCGAUGAACAGUUUGCUGUGUGCAGACGCUGUCCUACAUCAUACCACAGGAAAUGCUUGCCAAAGAAGAUUGUUUUUGAUGAUGAAGGGAAGAAAGGUAUAAUGAUAAGGGCAUGGGAAGGUCUACUACCCAAUCGUAUAUUAAUAUAUUGUUUAAAACAUGAGAUUGAUAGAGACCUUAAAACUCCAAUUAGGAAUCACAUCAAAUUCCCUGGUGUAGAGGAAAAAAAGAGUUUUUUGGGUAAUAUGAAGACUAGUGCUGAGGGAAAGAAGCGAAGACAGACAUCAGAAUUGCUGGAAGAUAGAGAGAACCCUGUGUCUAAAAAAAGAAUUAUUGGCUCAGGAAAAUCUUCUCAGGGAAGAUUUUAUCAUGCAGCAUCCAAACAGAAUGAGGAGUCAUACUCUGUAAAAGUGGGUGGUAACAAAAAUAUCACUAAGAAAUUUUCUGGGUUAAAUACUACCACGAGGGUGCCCAAAAAGGAUUUGAAGUCCUCUGAUGUUGUGGAAGAUAAGGCGUUCCUAGGUGACGGGUUGUUUGCUCAGGUGAGUAAGGGGUCUGAACGAUUGAAGUCUGGGAAGCAGGACACACCUGAUGACGAACUUAAUAAAGCUGCAACCCUUCCCCCAAAAAACUUGAGCAACGAGCCCCCUACAUUAGAUUGUGAUUCAGAGAGGAGAAUAUCACAAUUAAUGAAAGAUGCUGCAUCAUCAAUCACUUUGGAAGAUAUUAUGAAAAAGCACAAAGUUCCAUCUACUUAUGCAAACUCAUCAAAGUAUGCUGCGGACAAGAAUAUAACAGUGGGAAAAUUGGAGGGUUCUAUUCAGGCUGUUCGAACAGCUUUGCAGCAAUUAGAGAAAGGGGGAAGUAAUGAAGAUGCACAAGCUGUUUGUGAGCCAGAGGUUCUCAGCCAGAUAUAUAAGUGGAAGAGCAAGCUCAAAGUGUAUCUUGCACCUUUUUUACAUGGUAUGCGCUAUACAUCCUUUGGCCGCCAUUUUACAAAGGUGGAAAAACUAGAGGAGAUUGUCAAUAAGCUCCAUCCAUAUGUACGAGAAGGUGAUACGGUGGUGGAUUUUUGUUGUGGCGCUAAUGACUUCAGUAUCCUAAUGAGGAGAAAGCUUGAAGAGACAGGGAAGAAGUGCUUGUACAAAAACUAUGAUUUUAUUCAACCUAAGAAUGAUCAUAAUUUUGAGAGGAGGGAUUGGAUGACUGUCCAGCCACAUGAAUUGCCAUCUGGGUCGCAACUGAUCCUGGGGCUAAAUCCUCCCUUCGGAGUUAAAGCAGUUCUGGCAAACAAGUUCAUUGACAAGGCUCUUGAAUUUAAUCCAAAACUCCUUAUUCUUAUUGUUCCACCAGAAACACAGAGGUUAGAUGAAAAGCAAUUACCUUAUGAUUUGAUUUGGGAGGAUGAUCGGCUUUUAUCAGGAAAGUCAUUUUAUCUGCCUGGUUCUGUUGAUGUAUAUGACAAGCAAAUGGAGCAGUGGAAUACAAGGCCACCUGUACUCUAUCUAUGGAGCCGUCCUGAUUGGACUGCUGAACACAAGGCUAUAGCUGAAAAGUAUGGUCACAUUUUCAGGCAAGAAGAGCCACUGGAGUGCAUUCCUUCUAAUUCUAUAAUCCCUGAAUCUCCAAUGGGCAAUCAUGAUGAUUCUAUUGAUGAAUCCAUGCUGAUCACUGAUGACCUUGCUGUGCAAACUGACAAUAUAGAAGGUUUCAUAGAUUGGGCAUUAGGGACUGAAAGACAUAAUGAAAGCUCCACUGUGGGCAGUGGUGAUGGAAGAAGCUGUGAGAAUCAUGACUGUGAGAAGAACCAACCCAAAGCAAAAUCAGGGAACCAACCCAAGGAGAAAUCAGUGAAGCGGCAGCGUGGUAAAAAGAAGCGAAGAAGGGGAAAGGGUGAGAUAUCAGCAGAGAACAAAUUGGAUGGUGGAAGAGAGAGGCGAAGGGGAAUGCCUCCGCCUAACAACAAGGUUGAUGAAAAUACACGUCAACAUUUUGAGCUCAGAAAGAGUGGUACAGAUGAUUUCUGCGUGCACUUGGAAACAACUAAUGCUGCGCCUGAAACCAGACUUCCUGAUAACAUAAGCAGAAGGUACAGCUUGAAUGUUGAUGAUAAUUAUUCAAGUGCGACCAACAGAUGGUCUGGUAGUGUAAGUCCUGCUUCCAAUUAUGGGAUUAGAAACAUGGAGGAACAAUUUAUGGGGCGCAUGAGAGAAAACACAGACAGCUUUGGCUAUAGGUCUCCAUAUACCGUUGAUAUGGAAGAGAGGCUUAGGAGAGAAACACAGGCUCGUUUUUAUGGGCAAAAUCCUGACCCUUCAGUAAGUAAUUCUCUAGUGGGACAGGAUCUUAGAUAUGGCCAGAUUGGAUCACUCCCACCACUCCCAACUCCUUAUGGGAUAAAUAUCUCGGCAACGCAGCGAUAUGCACCUCGACUUGAUGAAUGGAACUCCACAAGAAUGAGUGGUUUUGGGCCUGAACCACCCUUUUAUGAUCCCAGAGCUCCACCACCGGGACACAGAGCUGGCCGGAUGGGCUUUUCUCCUUGUCCUGCACCUCCUCCUCCUCCUGGUGGCUCGAUAGGCUUUGCUCCUGGUCCUCACCAAACCCUUCCAGGUGGCCCGUUGGGAUUUGUUCCUAGUCCCAGUCCUCAACAAUCUUUUCCCAGCAGAAGUUCCGGUGGUUGGCUCAAUGAUUAAUCUGUAUACCUAUGUGCAUUUUUAGCAUAAUCUGUACAUAGGCUAAAAGGGUUACUGCUGCUUGGCCAUAUGAGGUUCCAUGGGAUGUGCUGUAUACUUGAAUAAUAGUUCUUUUUGUGUAAGUUUACAACUUAAUUUUGGUAUAUUCCUGUUCAUAGUGUUCUAUUCACCUUGUGUUGCGCUCUUUACUUGAACUAGAACUGGUUUCUUGAGAACUUGGCAACGGGGCUGGCCUAUAUUUGUAGCCUUAGUCACGAAAGAAAACAUUGGGCCUUUUUAAUUA